AUGAAUAUAGAUACUAUAGAUAGUAGUAGUAAAUCAUUAACAAUAGAAGAUUUUAUAGAAAAAUUAAAGAAACAUUAUGUUUAUGAUGAUAUAACAUUAUCAACAAAGACAAAGACAACAAAAAGAGUUGAACAACAACAACAAGUUGAUGAUAAUGAAACAAUUAAAAAGAAAAGAAAAAAGUCUAUUGGUAGUUCAUCAUUUAUAGCACAUGAUAUCUAUGAAGCAAAGACACUUUGUAUAGUAGCAUCAUCUCUAUUCAAUCAAGAUCAUCAUCAACUGUACAUUCAUCAAUACUUUAUAUCAAUCAUUGAAAGUCAAAUGCAUGAUGAUCCCAAACUUCAUUAUCAUCAAUCUUUAUCUUUAUUUUUAGAUUUAUACAAAAAUAUACAAUAUUAUAAUUAUUUUAUACAAUUUUAUUUAUUAAAAUUGAUAUCAAAACAAAUUGAACAAUUACCAUUAUACAAUCGAUUAAAAGAUCGUAUUACAAAGUUAUUCUCUAUUUCUGAAAUGAAUCAAGUAAUGGAAAAAGAAAAAGAAAAGAAUCAAGAUGAUGAAAUGGAUAUGGACGGGUCAUCUAGUAAUAAUAAUCAUAGUAAUAUUGGUAGUGAUAUAAAUUAUUUUGAUUGGAACAAAAUGUUAUACAAUGAAUUGUAUAGGAAAAUUGGUCAAGAUUGUUUGGCUAGUCAACAACAUAUAGACCUUUAUUUAAAAUUGGAACAUUUAUUAGAUUCAUUCUCAUUGUUGCCUAGAUUAAUUCAAUAUGGAAAAGAGAAUAAUAUCGAUAUCUACAACCAACUAUUGUUCUCUUGUUGUGAUACUUUUGAUAAAUUCAAUCUAUCACAUUAUUCAAUUUUAAUUUAUCAAUUAACAAAUGAUCAAUCAUCUUUAAAUGAUAUUAAUUGGUUUAAAGGUAUAAAUAAUAUAAAAUCAUUUAGAAUGAAUUUUGUAAAUAAUUUACAACAACAAGAGAUAAAGACAAUGAUAUUAGAGGAUAAAGAGAUUGAAGAUAUGUUGACAUGUACUAUAAAUCGAUUUUGUGUACCACGUAUAUUCCAAGUGACAGACAAGAAGAGAUUCAUAGAGUAUGGAUUAAAUCGAUCGGAAUUGGUAGAGACUUGUUGGAGAUUUACAGUGACUCGUCCCAUCAUCACCUAUAGUGUUGUUAUGGAGAUACAAACAUUUCUACAAAACCUGUCUCUUUCAGAUCCAUCAAAGAAGAAUAGAAUGGUCAUUGACCUGUUUACCAAUAGCGAAAAGAUUAGAAACGAUUAUUUCGAUAGACACAAUCAAGACAAGGAAGAUGUAGAUGAGGAUGAUGAAGAAUUAUACGAUUUUGAAAUAGAAUUGGGUAUUUAUAUUUUAGCUAGUCUAUUUUAUAUAUCAUCCUAUAGAUAUUUUAAAUUUUUAAUUACUGGUAGUAGUUUUAUAAACCAAAAUCAAAAUCAAAAUCAAAAUAAUAGUAAUAAUAAUAGUAACAAUAGUAGUAGAGAUAUAAUAACGAUUAAAGAUGAUAAUAUUACAACAUUUGAUAUUAAAAGUGGAAAUCCAUUAUUUAUGAUUGUUCAUCAAGUAUUAUUCUAUUCAAAUGCUGAUGACAAUUUUAAAGAAAAUACCGAAUCAUUAUACUAUGACAAACAAUUAAAUGAAGCUAUUAGACAUUUGACACUUUGUAUGGAUUGUUAUAGUGACCUUAACCAAGAACCUUGGUCCGAUCGAUUUAAAUCAAUCUUUUCAAAAACUUGGAAUUCAUCCGAUUUUUAUUGGAUCAAUACUAGUUUAGCUGAUUGUCAUUAUUAUUAUGAAUCAUAUUCAAUGGCAUUAACAUUUUAUAAAAAUAUUAAAGUACAAUUAUCAGAUUUUCAACAACAAAAAACAAUAUUAUCGUUGGGUGGAGAUGGUGAUCGAUUAAUGUCAUUUAAUCCAACCGAUGAUUUUUGGGUCAAUCGAUUGUUUCUUCAUUUGGCAAUGACAAAUCAUUCCGAGAUUGAAGAAUCUAUCGUUUAUUUAUUAGAGACUUUGGUGACGAUGCCACUCACCGAUCAAUUUGUACAAUCACAACAUACAUGGCAUACCAUCAAACCCUAUUUCACCAGUUAUACAGAUUCUGAGGUUAUAUUUUGGUGUGUCGAUACUUUGGCUGCUUGUUAUGAAAGACUUGGUAUGGUUGGUGAAAUGACCGUAUUGUAUCAAUGUUAUUGGAGCUACUAUAAAUCUCGUUUCCAAAAGAUCAUUCAAGAAAUUCAUCGUACCGCUUCAACUGCUACAUCUGCCGCUCCAAUCCAAGCUAUCACCAUUGUAGAUACAUCUAGUAUUGAUAACCCAACAGAUGAUGGUGUUCCACUUUCAAAUAUCUCUAAAAAAGAUCUUAGAAAAGGUUAUUUCUUUCCAAGAUUUUUUGAUUAUAUUUCAAAUAUUGAAAUGUUGGAAGAAUUUUCAUUAUUAUUAAAUCAAGGGUAUAGAUUGGAUAUAUUACCAAGUGGAUACAAAGUAUCUACCAAUGGUGAGAUUAUUAGUAUGAUCGAACAACAUAUCACCACAUCAACUAAAAAAGGAUCAAUGUCAUUAGUAUUCCUAAUGAAUAAAUUCUUUAAUGAAGAAUUGGAACAUUGGAGAGAAAGUAAAAAGAAAAAUAAUAAAUAA